AUGGCUUAUGCUGUUCUUCUUUCACUUACCCAAACACUCGACAGAAUCCUGAGUUAUAAUGAACACCCCAUUUCUGUGCAUCGAAGACAACAGAUCGAACAGCUCCUUCGCCAAGUCAAGCUCCUCCACAGAUUCAUCCCAAAGCUCCCGAGGGAGGCCAACAACUUUGAAACAAGGAUCAGGGACGCUGCAAACGAAGCCGAGGACGUUAUCGAGCAUUUCAUGCACGAGCACACUGCCUCCCGUAAAAAAUCUACAGGUAUUUUUCUGUAUGAUUUCUGCGAGCUCGAUACUGUGGCGGAUGAAAUCAGCUCCAUUGCGAAAGAGGCCGCUGCCAUCAACACGGAGAGCUUGCAGCCCAGUAGUCGUCGCCCGGCCUCAACGCCCAUACCUGCAGUUGACAGUUUCACGGUUGGCCUUGAAGAGGGAUUUGAAAAAAUAAGAGGUCUGCUCUGCGAUGAAUCACCCGAACACCAGAUCAUCCCUAUCACGGGGAUGGGCGGUCUUGGGAAGACCACACUCGCCAGGAUGGUGUACCACGAUCCGCUGGUAGUGGAGACGUUUCCUGUUCGUGCUUGGAUCACUGUUUCACAAGAUUAUGACACCAUUGAUAUUCUUGGAAAUCUCCUACAUUACUUGGAAAAGGAAGGCGAACGAGGACUAGCAAAAGAUAGCGACUCAACGGUAGAAAAGAUUUACAAAAUAUUGAGGGUGAAGAAGCACCUUAUUGUAUUUGAUGAUGUCUGGAGUGGAGAUAUAUGGAACGAUAUGCGACAUGUAUUAUACCACAAUGAUAAUGGAAGUAGGAUCGUGAUAACAACGAGGAUAACGAGUGUGGCUUCUUACAUCAGCUCUGCAAGUCCUCUUCAUGAGAUGCAGUUUCUAAAACCAGAUCAAAGCUGGAAGCUACUUAAGGAGAAGGUGUUUCCACAAAAAGACUGUCCGUCCGAGCUGCAGAAAGUCGGACAGGAUAUUGCAACAAAAUGUAAGGGGCUGCCCCUUGCGAUUAUUCUUGUCGCAGGUGUCUUGUCCAACGUUAGGGAGACUCGAGAGUCAUGGGAGAAAAUUUUGGACGACGUGAAUUCAGCUAUUAAUAAGAAUGGGGAGUUUGAUGAGAUCAUGUCUUUGAGUUAUACUCAUUUACCUCUGUAUUUGAGGCCUUGUUUCUUAUACAUGGGCAGCUUCCCAGAAGAUCAUGAGAUCCGAAUCUCGAAGCUUAUCAAGCUUUGGAUAGCAGAAGGGAUGGUGGAAAGUGAAAAGGAGGCUCAGGAAUAUGUCAAUGACCUUAUCAUGAGAAGUCUGGUUUUGGUGACUUCGGUCAAGUCGAAUGGGAAGGUCAAAAGUUGCAAUAUCCAUGGUAUGGUACGUGACUUGUGCAAAAGAAAAGCUCUGGAUGAUAAUUACGAGCGAAGGCUCAGUAAUUCUCGUAUUGAUCUAAGGGAGCUUGCAAGAGCGUACGCCUCGACCAUGCGUUCUGUUGUGAGCUUCCGACCUAGUGGAAGCUCAUUACGCGGUCUGCGCAAGUUCAAAUUGCUGAGGGUGUUGGAUGUGGUGGAUACAGACGCCUAUGCACUCCCUGCUUCUGUGUUUGAGCUAUUUCACUUGAGGUACCUUGCUUUCGGAUGUCCAAUGGAGGUUCCAUCAGCCAUAUCCAGACUUCAGAAUCUUCGCAUAUUGAUCAUCCGUCCCAGCAAGAGAUCAAGGAAAUACAGAUACUCAACAGAUGAGGUAUAUCUACCAUUAGAGAUCUGGAUGAUGCGACGUUUGAUGCAUCUUAUCUCUUUUUAUGAUCUUUUGCCAAAUCCAGAAGGAGAAGCUUCGGCUCUAGAGAACCUGCUAACUUUGUCUGUGGUGAAAAAGUUGAUAUGUACAGAAGAGAUGAUGAAAUUGAUUUGCAAUGUGAGAAAACUGGCAAUCACUUAUUUCGGAGACAAAUACCAACAAGACUAUAAGCUCCACAAUCUUGUUCUUCUGCCUCAACUUGAGAAGCUGACACUAGUUGUGAAGAAAGGUUCUCUUCUUCAGGUAAAAGCUAAGCCUGUUUUCCCAGAGACACUAAGAAAGCUAACCUUGGGUGGUUGGCGAUUUCCUUGGGAAGAUAUGAAAGCUAUUGCCACUCUGCCGAAUCUUCAAGUGCUCAAACUGAGAGAUCAUGCCUUUGAAGGACAUACGUGGGACACUAACGAAGAGGCUGACGAGGAACAGUUUCCUAAACUGGAAUACUUGCUAAUUGAAGAAUCUGAUUUAGAAAGCUGGGUGACAGAAAAAGCCCACUUCCGAAUACUGAAGCGACUAGUGCUUCAUGGUUGUGGUAAACUAAGUGAGAUUCCAGAUGCCAUUGGAGACAUAUCACCACUUGAACUGAUUGAGGUUGAUCAUGCCAACAAAUCCCUUGUAGAGUGUGUCCAAAGGAUCCACAAGGAACAAAAGGAGGAAUACGACAACAAACUUCUUCAAGUUCGAGUAUUAUGA